AUGUCGGAUCUGCAGUCUGCCUUGGCCCAAUUGUCCAUUGCGUUCUUCCUUUUUACGUCGUCACAACGCUCCCUCACUCAACAGGAUUUCGUUAAACUUUGCUCAAUUCAAUCGAUUAUGGGUCAGAUCCAAUACUCCGAGAAGUACUUCGAUGAUACGUUCGAGUACAGGCACGUAGUUCUUCCUCCAGAAGUCGCAAAGCUUCUUCCGAAGAAUCGUCUUCUAGCCGAGACGGAAUGGAGAGCAAUUGGGGUGCAACAGAGUCGAGGAUGGGUGCACUAUGCGAUCCACAGACCAGAGCCUCACAUCAUGCUUUUCAGGAGGCCUUUGAACUAUCAGCAGAACCAAGAGAAUCAGGCUCAAGCUCACCAAGGUCUGCUUGCUAAGUGACCCAACAACAAUUAGUAUUUUGUGGUAUGAAGUAUGAACACACAUCUCAUUUCCUGUAGAAAUGGGUAGAUGAUAAAGUUUGAUAAUCUGGUAUCUGAAUCAUAUUUCAGAAUGUUAAGUUACUGUAAUUUGGUUUAUGAUGAUGAUCAUGUUUUCAGAAUUUUAAUAGUUACUCCUUGCUAUGGAUCAGUUAUACUCCUCAAUACUUUGUUGGC